AUGCCAAUAAACCACAAUCCGGGGUCAUCAAUGACCGGAUUUGACUUGGGUGCAGCUAAUCCGGUUCCUCCGGGUUGCCAUAUGACACGACUAGGACUAGCAUCUUCAGGAGCUAUCCAUGCCUCGCAUUCUGGAUUUGGUCAAUCUCCUAGCUUUUCUGGAGUCUCUGGUAACCAGGGCUUCGCCCCCGUCAAUGCAUUUUCUUCCGCUUCCCCUGUCCCUAGCACAACUAUGGUCAUUUCUUCAAAUUCUCCUUUGUCAUCCAUUGAUCUUCAAGGAGGAUCAUCGCUCCUUAAACGGCAACAACAGCACCAACAGCUGCAAUUACACCUGCAACAGCAACAUCAUCCUCUCUCAGUUUCGCAAGGAGUUAUCCAAAUGGGUUCGUCGCAGCCAGCCAGUUUUCACAGACAAUAUCACUCCCAGCCGUCGCAUUCGAACCAAUCGCCUCAACUGCUUCGCCAUGCCGGCCACAAACAGACAGAGCAAAAUCAUCAACUGACACAGCAAUAUCAACAACAGCAUUAUCAUCAGCAUUCACAACAGUCUCUUCCUUUAUCUGGCUUUAUCUGCGGUCAACAUGAAAUGCCUCCUUCCCACCUGACCACAGUCACUGGACCCAACUAUUCUCAAACUAGAUUCUCUUCAUCCAACUUUCCACCGCCUUUGACCUCUUCUGUCUCUUCCGUUUCGUCUCUUUCUUCUUUUUCAUCCCCCCCUACCUCUGCGGAACUAUUGAUUCGUUUAGCCCCGGCUCCGGCAGCUCCACUGUCACUCCCCUCUUCCAUUACUUCUAUACCCGUUUCUUCCUUGUCAUCAUCUCUACUUGGUGCAGGUGUCAAUGUCAGGCCUUCACAACUGAUAAUCUCGCCUGCUGUAAGCCUCCACUCCGCUGAUCAAGACCGGGUGACUAUUAAUCAUUGUUUGCAACAUUUAGAUUUGCGUUGCGGGGACUUUUGGUCAACCCUAUGA